UUCUCUUCGUUCAAGCCACGACUGCAGUCCUCCAAGCGACCGUUAUUCACCGAAUCAGCCUACCGUCCUCAGACACUCGAUCCACAGAUGCCGCCACCAAAGAACACCGGGACACCUGACACGAGCAUAUCCGACGGUCAUCUGAGCUGGCCACCCAGUGCUCCGUGGCGAAAGAGCGAUAGCAGUGCCGGCGUCAGCCUACGAGAAGGAGAGGCACAGAAGAGCAAGCAUAUUGGAACGGCGUCUACAACUACUGCAAUCGCAACACCUUCAACAUCAUCAGAGAAAGCUGCCGCGAAGCCCAAGAAGAGCAAGUUACGGCCGAGGAAAGCUCCCAUCACGUUGACACCAAAGGCUGUGGAGCAGCUCCAUGCUCUCUUUGACCAGCCUGAGAGCAAACUCAUCCGGGUCGGCGUGAAGAAUCGUGGUUGCAGUGGAUUAGCGUACCAUCUGGAAUACGUGGAGAAGCCAGGAACGUUUGACGAGACCGUGGAACAGGAUGGCGUUAAAGUCUUGAUCGAUAGCAAGGCACUGUUCAGCAUAAUAGGCAGUGAAAUGGACUGGUUGGAGGACAAGCUUAGUGCGCGGUUCAUCUUCAGAAACCCGAACAUCACGGAACAGUGUGGUUGCGGCGAAUCCUUCAGCAUC